UAACAGCAGCACUGGGAGUAUUAGUCAAUCAAUCAGCAGGCCUGUCACUACCUACUACCUUCAAAACACAGUCAACCUCUAAUACCACCGUGGGAGUUUAGCUACUGAAGUUAUUCUAAGUUUACAAACUUGUGUACCUAUCGCAAAGAGCUUGAUUGACAUUGGAUCUCCAGGCUUCUCUUGGAUACUAAGGACUUUGACGGAAGCUUUCAACUAUACGAUGGAAGGUGAUUGCAGCAGAGUGAUGGUAGACGUGGAGAGUGGCCCUGUGUACCCAACAACGACCGUGACCCUGGUACGGGACAAGUCCACACACCGGCGGAGGCUGUGUGGUGCCCUGCUGGCCCUUGCACUGUGUGUCUCAGCUGCGCUUUUCAUUACCUGGCCCGCCAAGAAACAAGAUCACGUCGAGGAAGUUGGUGAACUUCAGCAUACAUUGAGACAACUCUCUGGAAACAGAAAGACUGCCAUUCAUUUAGAAGGUGAAUACAACUGCAGUGGAAAAUACAAGACCACAGUGGAGUGGACAGAAGACGUAGGCCAGGGAUUCUCACAGGGGAGUCUUAAACUCAACAACAACGAGAUUGUGAUCCCCCAGCAGGGCCUAUACUUUGUCUAUAGCCAGGUAUCUUUUCACGUCAGCUGCAAGGCAGACCCCAAGCACCCUAACAACCAGAAGAUGGUUCACCUGAGUAACAUGGUCAAGCGCUGGUCCCCAAGCUACGGCAACAAUGACAGCAAGAAGUACCAGACGCUGCUCAGCUCUGUACGCACCGUGUGUAAGAAGUCUUCCAACAGCGAGGAGAGCGAAGGAAUGUGGUAUAAUGCCGUGUACAUGGGAGCAGUGUUCAGCCUGGAGAAGGGAGAUAUGCUCCGGACAGACAUCGAGACCAGGCUUCUGCCCCAACUGGAGAAUGGUGAUGGGAAGAACUUUUUUGGCGUGUUCGCCUUGUGAGACAGAUAACAAUGGCUGACGAUAGAGAGGAAUGCUACGUCCCAAAUGCCACCCUUUGCCCUAUACUUUAACUACGAGUGCACUAUAUAGGGAAUAGGGCUCUGGUCUAAAGUAGUGCACUAUAUAGGGAAUAGGGCUCUGGUCUAAAGUAGUGCACUAUAUAGGGAAUAGGGCUCUGGUCUAAAGUAGUGCACUAUAUAGGGAAUAGGGCUCUGGUCUAAAGUAGUGCACUAUAUAGGGAAUAGGGCCCUGGUCUAAAGUAGUGC